AUGCAUGACUCGGAGAACGCAAAUGAAGGGGUGACGGUGGUGGUGGUGACGUGGUGGCGGCGGGACGGUGGUGUUACGACACUAGGCUACAGACUAGGCUACAGGCACCUAGACUACAGACACCUAGACUACAGACCCCUAGGCUACAGACUAGGGUACAGGCACCUAGACUACAGACACCUAGACUACAGACACCUAGACUACAGACCCCUAGGCUAUAGACCCCUAGGAUACAGACACCUAUGCUACAGAUCCCUAGGAUACAGACUAGGCUACAGGCACCUAGACUACAGACCCCUAGGCUACAGACUAGAUUACAGUCACCUAGACUACAGACACCUAGACUACAGACCCCUAGACUACACACACCUAGACUACAGACCCCUAGGCUAUAGACCCCUAGGCUAUAGACCCCUAGGAUACAGAUCCCUAGGAUACAGACUAGGCUACAGGCACGUAGACUACAGACCCCUAGGCUACAGACUAGGCUACAGGCACCUAGACUACAGACCCCUAGGCUACAGACUAGGCUACAGGCACCUAGACUACAGGCACCUAGGCUACAGACACCUAGACUACAGACACCUAGACUACAGACCCCUAGGCUAUAGACCCCUAGGAUACAGACACCUAGACUACAGAUCCCUAGGCUACAGACUGGGCUACAGGCACCUAGACUACAGAUCCCUAGGCUACGGACCCCUAGACUACAGACACCUAGGCUACAGACCCCUAGGUUACAGACUAGAUUACAGGCACCUAGACUACAGACCCCUAGGCUACAGACUAGGCUACAGGCACCUAAACUACAGGCACCAAGACUACAGACCCCUAGGCUACAGGCACCUAGACUACAGGCACCUAGACUACAGGUACCUAGACUACAGACACCUAGACUACAGACCCCUAGGCUAUAGACCCCUAGGAUACAGACACCUAGGCUACAGAUCCCUAGGAUACAGACACCUAGGCACCUACAGGCACCUAGACUACAGACCCCUAGGCUACAGACUAGACUACAGACCCCUAGGCUACAGACCCCUAGGCUACAGACCCCUAGACUACAGACACCUAGGCUACAGACCCCUAGGAUACAGACCCCUAGGCUACAGGCACCUAGACUACAGACCCCUAGGCUACAGACUAGACUACAGACCCCUAGGCUACAGACCCCUAGACUACAGACACCUAGGCUACAGACCCCUAGGCUACAGACACCUUGGCUACAGAUACCUAGGCUGCAGUGUAAUCUAG